AAAGGUGAGUCAUUCAGGCACAAAACACAGAAACGUAAGAGGUUUACAUUUGACUUUCAUCAAAGGGGCGCAAAAGCUGCGAUGUAUGAUGCCAUCCAACAAAAGGCAGCCGUGUCACCAGAAGAGUUCUCAAGAUACGACCCCUGACCUCGAUGACAAGUUUGCCGGCUGCCGGACCAAAGUUACCGUCGUGGAUGAUGAGGUCGUGAAACAAAAAUGGGACACUUGCAGUGCAAAUUUCAGCAAAGCCUGGAGUAAAUCAGAGCAGAACCUAAAAGAACCUGCGGAACAUUACAUGGAGAAAUCACAUUCACUUGCUUUAUACCUGUUCACAGAUAUGGUGCAGAAACAGGGGAACAAGAACUCUGAACCCGCAGAAAAAACAACAAAACACAGGCGCACGUUCGAACCAGUCUCCCUUUAUUCCUCUCUAAGUCAGGCCAUUCAGAUUUUAAAACAAAACCAGGUGAUAUGUCUGAGUACAAAGCACAGUACAGAAACUCUUUCGGGACUCAACAUCUCCACCGGUCAGGUUCGAUUCAGCACUUUCAUUUUAGGCUCCGAUAAGUGGAAUAUUGAUAGAAAUGGUUCAUGUUUUGAGAUCUACUCUUGUUUUGGAGCAAACAUAACAAAAUACUCUGCCUUUAAAGGAAACAACCAAAUUCUGGUUCCUCCAUAUGAAGUUUUUACAGUCGCUGGCAUCCAGAAACAAACAAAUUCAUGUGAAGUCACCUACAAACUCAGGAGUAAUCUGAACUGUGUGUAUGACAGAGAGCGCAACCAGUUGCACUCCAUAUCUGCAUUACCUGCGGAGGGAUUGUGGCUCCUUUUUACCAUCAUUUUCUUGAUUCUUCUGUCCAUUUUGCUGCUCUUUGUUAUUGUGAAACUUUACCGUAGAAUGAAUUCAACUCGCAGAGUUUCACCUUUGCAUAACACAAUCGAACUCCAUCACAGCCGGUAAUCUUUAUAGUGUACAAGGGCAUUGCAAAUAAAAAAAGAACUAAGAAAGCUGUUGGCAAAAA